AUGGCAUCCUCCUCCCUUCCCCGCCGCACGGUGUCGAUCUCACGUAUCACGAACGAGACCAAAAUCCAGGUCUCCCUCUCGCUAGACGGCGGCGUGCUGCUCCCAUUCGAAGAAAGCGACCAUUUCCCCGAGCCAGAAUCCGCCGAGGACAGGGCUGCUGCAAAGAAGGGCGUUAUUCCAGACAAAAAUGCGCCCCAUGCGACACAGUUCACAGCCAGUCAGCAGAUAACUAUUAAUACCGGAAUCGGGUUUUUGGAUCAUAUGUUGCAUGCUCUGGCGAAACAUUCCGGAUGGAGUUUGGCGGUUCGCGCCAAGGGGGAUCUCUACAUCGACGACCACCACACAACCGAGGACACAUUCCUCGGCCUAGGCACAGCAUUCACAAAAGCGCUGGGCGCGCGCGCAUCACUCGCCCGCUUCGGACGCGGCGACGCACCGCUCGAUGAGGCGCUGUCCUGGGCGGUCAUUGAUUUGUCAAACCGGGCAUACGCGGUGAUUGAUCUUGGAUUCAAGCGCGAGAAGAUUGGCGAUUUGAGCACGGAGAUGAUUACGCAUGGGCUUGAGAGCUUUGCGCAGGCGGCGGGCGUUACGUUGCAUGUGGGCUGCUCGUAUGGAUCGAAUGAUCACCAUCGUGCAGAGAGUGCGUUCAAGGCAUUGGCUGUUGCGGUUCGUACUGCUUGCGCGCGGAGAGUUGCCGGCGAGGUGGGAGCGGGAGAUAUUGUUUCUACCAAGGGUGUGCUAUAA